UUACACGAAAACUACGACCCCCGUUGUUGGUAUUGGGAACUAGUGGAGACAGUUCGAAAGGUUAUUUUGACAUCUGGAUUGAUCCUUCUUGGUGGCGAGAGCAGAGCUUACAUUGCGCUAGCAUUGCUUUUAUCUGGACUGUACGGGAUGUAUUUCGGGCUAAAAAAGCCCAUAAGUGAUCGGUUCGAAAACAACCUUAUGCUGUCUUCACUUGCCGUUACGUUCGUAAACCUUGCAAUAGGAGCCGUGAGCACAAUCCCGAGUGAAGGUUUUUCGACAACAGUCGACCCGGUCGUGGAUACUCUGGUGUUCAAUGGCUUGGUCUUUGUUGCCAACACCUUGGUUAUUGGAAUUCUUGUCGGUAAGUUAUCAUCAUGCAUUCUAUUCUUCUGUCACACAAUCCCUUUACAUUUAACAGUGAGGUUCAUACCUUAACUGGGCACCAGACUGAUUAACUUGGUAAAAGUUCUUGCAAUGAAAGAUACAUAGCUUACUUCAUAAUUAAUGAGUGCGCACGAUUCACGAGUUGUACUGAGCGAACCAUAGCAGUGAUAAUCUGAAGUAAUUUGCUUAUUAAAUGAGUACUAAGAUAUAACGAAAGUUCUUUUUCUUUUUUUUACUUUUAAUCACGACCAAAUCAAAUAGGCCUUGGAAAGGUCUUCUUAGCUCAUUCCUCUACGAACAGUGAUAUACUUGCACUUGUUGGUAAAACUAGCUUAAUUAAAAUGAGGUUACAGGAUAUUGCCAUUUUUAUGUUUAAAAUCAACAAAACAUUAUUACCAACAAAUACAUCGCAACUCUCACUUAACGGUCAAAGUUAGGUAUGAGCGAUAGAAACGAGAUAUCAUUAAAAAAAUCAUAGACAGCAUAAAGAAAAAGGACUUGGAGGGGGCAGGGGUGUUAAUUCAAGAAGAAACAUGUAAGGGAUGUUAAUUAUGUAUGACUUACGUCAGUUUAAAAGUAGCUGUGAAGUAUUGCAAUAAGAUUAUUUUAUUUUAGAAACCUUCAUCUUAGAUAGUUGAUAAUUAAUCCAGAUUUGGACUGAACUGGAUUUUCAGAAGCCGAUAUCUUUUAUUAACUACUUUUUAUAACAUCUAUAUGUUAACAAUUUUUGAAAUAAUUAGUUUAGCUAUGGUAAUAAAUCUUAAUAUUAUACUGUAAUAACUAAUUUUCACGUAAAAGUAUUCCCGAUUAGUGGGCCUCCUUAGGCGUCCUAGAAGACCUAAUUACACUUAAUUAAAGUUGUAUGUAUGUUGUGUAUGUGUGUACCAUCUUUGUUGUUUAGAGAAAAAUUCGUAUGCGGCGCGUAAUUGUUCAUACAACAUUUUUCACUUGUGAGAAAAACCGUUUGACCAGUCAGGUUGGUUUUGCUUUGUUUAGAGUCAAUCUCGGUACUUUUGAAAUAAAAUAAUGUAAUGACCUCUGAGUUUAUUUCAAAAUUAUGAAGUUUUCUAGUUUUUUUUUUCAAUGUAUUACUAACGCUUCACCUGAAUUAGAAAAAAUGCUAAACGAUUUUAUCCACGUGAUAUACCUUUUUAUCACCAGUUAGAUGAUAAUAUUGUAGUCAUCCCCUGUAUAUACUUACUGCCUUUGUGGCACUGCAAAUGAAGAACAAAUGAAAGGUAAACAGGAGAAAUUUAAAAAAAGACACUCUGAUGGUGAUAGUACCGUACCGUGAUAUGAUCCGAGAAAGGUUAACCCUUUAAGUCCCAAUAUCCACAUACAAAUUCUCCAAACGGAUCUCUAUAUAUUUCCUUAAAGAAUGAGUUCAGAGAAUUUGAUAAAAGAUCAAACAUUUUCUCUUAGCUGAUCAUUUUAUUAAUUCUCAUAACUUUAUCUCUUGACAGUGUAUGUCUAUCGUUAUGAGAAAAUUGAUGUUGGUCACUAUUGGGACUUAAAGGUUUAAAAACAUCGUAAGGUACCUUCAAACUUUGUUUCAAAACAUUCUGCAAUAUUAUUUUACUUCUUUAGCACUUCGGGUAUUUUACCUUCAAUUGUUAAAUCAGUUCUUUCAAGGCUUUUUGUGAAAACAGAUAGUUUUUUUAAUCAUUAUCACCAUUGUACUGUUCUCGUGCAAGUAACCGCCUUCGGGUCUUUCCUCUGUGAUGAAAGGUUAAUAUAAAUUGAAUCUAUAAAGGCCAAGUUUUAAUUUGAACGAGUGUUUAUUUUGUUUCAGUGCAAUAUCUGGUGUAUCUUUACCACUUUGUAAAAGAAUGGCGCAAGCAUCCAAAGUGGUCAUUCUCCUGCUGCCUGGCCUUGCUAUUGCCACUUAAUCAACUACAAGGAGAGAUACGCGGAUUAACUGGGAAAAACAUACUAAAUCAGCAACUGCAAACUGGUGACAUCGAGUUGCCAACCAUUGCAAGUACUUUGAGGGAGAGUGGGGCAGUUGAUGUUACUCUU